AUGGGAAAAGGCUUGAUUGAUUAUAUGAAUGACUGCAGUACCAAAGAUGAUUUAUACAAAUCACUCUUGCCGCGGACAAGAACCAUUCACAUGAACAUGUAUGAUGAGGACAUCAGCGGCACUAUCGAAACCAUACUAAGCUUAACAAAAAACUCUUUGGAGCAACAUCAGCAACCAGUCAACAUACUUAUAAGGACUAAAAGCAAAUCCCCCAUAUCUCUAAAGUUUCCAGACCACGGGUUAUAUUCUUCAGUUGCCGCCCACCAAAAUUCCAACCGAAUUGCAAUCAUGUUAAACCUUUUACAGACAAUCCAGGAGUGUCUCACGAGUAGUACUGUCAAGACUAACCGUGAUCUGUUUUAUUCUAAUGUGGAAUUGUAUGGGAAACAGGUAACAGUAGAUCGCUGGAUAAAUACUAUUGCUCAAAGCUUGGAACUGACCAACGCUAGAGAUAACCUAAAUGUGAUUCCUGCACAAAAAGGGUUAGUGUUUACUACGCAAGAGAUAAGAAUACUGACCAAGGGCAGUGAAGAACGUAUCAACCCCUACCAUUCUAGUUUGAUUCCCCAUAUGGAUCAGAAUUCCCUGUGUCAGAUCGUGCCAGGAAGAAAUGCGACUACUCGUCUCUUAGUGCUGGAGAAGGAAGCAGUAUACAACCAACUAGUUAACGAUGUGCAAUACAGCCCCUCCUACUACGACGACUGUAUCAUUGUCACUGGUAAAGGAUAUCCAGAUUUUUUGACCAGACUGUUCUUACACAAGCUACAAGUUUCGACAACCGCCAUUGAACGCUGGGAAAUCUAUACAGACGCUGACCCUUAUGGUGUCGAUAUUGCAAUGAAAUACGUGCAAAAUGUUAAGGAACCUUGUAGGUGCAAUAAGUUAGUGCAUAGGGGAGUUUUUUUAUUCCAAUUGAUGUCAAAUCAGCGGCAGCAGGUUCAAUACCUUCCAAUGACCCAAAGGGACACCGCCGUUGCCACUAGAAUACUACAAAGAGUGACAGAAUCAAACCUUCCAAACAUGACAACGGUUCAAGAGCUACAGAGACAGAUUUUCCUCCAGAAAAAGGCAGAAAUGAACGUUAUGGGCAGGGAAACCUACCUAGGGCAAAAAUAA